ACCGAUAGUCCUGGGUAACAUGUUCUGCUCGGUUGAUAAUGGCGGGCAAAUUUAAUUCGUUCGGACGUUUUGUUAUAUUGAGCUGUUAUCUGGACGUGUUCCGUAAAUUUGUUUUGUCUUCCAUCAGUCUUUAAACAUAGCAAAAUAUGAAAAAAGCAGUUAACAGCAAGCCAUCAAAAGCUUCUCUUGUUUCCAGGGGACUUGCCACCAAAAACAAGAGCAAAAAAAAUAAUAGAACCAAGAAAUAUCCUCAAGAUGCUAAACCAGGCUAUUCCCUGUAUUCAACAGAUUCUGAAGAUCAGGCGUCAGUUGUGGGUCAUGGACUAGAUCGUUGUGCUGCUCUUCUUACAAACAUCUUGGAUAAUGAUGACAAAGGGAAAGAUCAAUGGUCAAAGAAAGCCCGCCAUAUUAAAACAGCUGUUAAAGCCAGGCAAGGAGUUGGACGGCAGUCAAAUGCUAGAGCUGUGGUUAUUCCUACAGCACAGAUUAACCAGCAAGAUUCCCCAUCACCCGGACAGGAUCCUAGUCAUCAAUCACUGCCACCAAGGUCUGCACAUGCCACAAUUUACAAUGACCGCCUUGUGGCAUCAACACCACUACUGACAGCAGAUGAGAGGGAGAGGCAGCAAGCAUUGUUGAAGAGGGAGAAGGAGCUGACCCAACAACUGGAACAACUGAAGCAGCACUAUCACUUACUCCAGAAUCAAAGAAGUCCCGAGGUGCAAGAAGACCAAAAGAGACUGUUACAGAACUCGAUGCUGCAUGAAUUAGAAGACUUUCAACAGACAAUGCCUGAGUCACCCAAGGUGAAUGUCUCGGUGCAUCGAGACGCUCAUACAUCUAGCGGCUCCACGAAAGCAAGGCGCAGCCUCGACUUUCCUUCAUCGUUGGGCAGCUUGCUGGAAACUUCUAGAACUAGAAAACCUACGUCACAUGGACGCCAUAGCAUACCAAAAACAUCGACUGAUGAUCACAGUUAUGGUAGAUCAGCGACAAAGAAUCUAAGCCCCGAGCAUGAGGUCCCUUACGAGUUGAGUAAUGCUCAGGAUACCAACAAGAAAGUAAGGAUAGUCUCGCCAACAUUACCACAUAGUGACAAAUCAUCAUCACACACGCCUAGAGAUUGGUCAGAGAGCAGGGUACAAGCGGAGAGCCCUGUGCAAAAGCAUGGCUUACAGAGCAGUUUGCCGGGGUCUGUCAAGCCUAGGUCCCAGAGUUUGAUAAAGGGGGCUACCAGACCUAGAUAUGGAGGGUCAAGUGUUGACCACACCCCUGAGAGGUCUCCUGUGCGAUCGGCAGGUUCAGCAGGCCGGAGCUUGUUGCGAGGCGCAGGUGGCGACGCACAAACACUCCUGUACCUUGUCAGCGAACUCAGAGAAGUCAUAGGUAACUCAGACGACAUCGAAGUUCAGCGUCUUCUUAUGGAGAUUGAGAACACAAGUAGCCUGCUGCCCUACUUGUACGCCUCCUCUGCAUCCCCGCGACACCCUUCGUCCGCGAAUGACGAGGUUCAGUCACUCAGAAUAGACAAUGCGCAGCUGCGGAGGAACCUUCGUAUGGCAAAUGAAAAGCUUCAGGAACAAAGAGAAAUUCAGCAGAGCUUGGAGGAACUGAAGAGUGGACAUACCAACGUCUCAUUUGAACUAGCUGCCUGCAAGUCUGAAAAUGCCAAUCUUCAAAGAGAACUCCAGGAAGAGAAAGCAAGAAGCGAAAAGUUGCGCAGCAUCAUCAGGAGCAUGGAAAAAGCCACCAAGGACCUUAAAGAGGACAAGUCAAAGUUCAUGUAUAUAUUACAGAACAAGGAGUUAGAGUUCACUAAAGGCAGACGUAACGCCCAGCUUGAGGCCUCACGCCUUUCUGUUGAGGUGAGGCAGCUCAAGUCGGAGUUGGAAGCAAGUAAGUUAUCGAGUGAGGCCGCUGAGAAAGAAAACGUCAUCCUUACUUUGAGUUUGAAGCAGAAGGACAAAGAGAUCGAACGACUCGGAGAAAUGACAAGGGGCCUACAGCAGUCAAUGCGACGGGUACUGCUUGAUAUCGACGAGUACCAUCCUGGCAGCGUGGUGAAGGAUCAUCUGCUGAAGCAACCUCGGGUUAUGGAGCACAUGGGCAUCACUCUAGGCACGGAGACCAGUCAACAGUAUAGUCUCAGUCCUCUGGCCAAUAUUCCAGCUGUACACGACGCAGCCAAGGCUACACCAAGAGACGAAAGGGAAUUCCGUACCCAGUCUACGGCGCGUCACCAACAAUCAAGUUUGGAUGGAUCCCUCCAUCGUUCCACACUCGAGAACUCCAUUCAAGAAAAAUCUAACAGCGCGCGUAAAACGACACACAGAGCCCCUAUUCCGAAAAUUUCAAAUACUCCGAAGCUUGCUUGGAGUCCGGGUAAAGAUAGUACCACAAUUUUGACUCGUGAAUCGGCGCUUCCUUUGAGUUCUCGAGGUGGGUGGGUAAGAGAUAAUAGGAGGACGCCCAAUAGCCCUAGAUUCACUUGGACCUCGCCUGAUAAGCCUCUGGAAGGGCCAGGCUUGUUAAACACCUUGGCAGUGCUAGGAAUGAACUCGCCAUCAUCACGACCUGGCGCUAACGACACCAGCGCAGAUCUAUCAUCGCUAUCUUCUCAAGACGAGCAGGAAUUUCAGCGAGACUUGGCGAGUCUGGACGCCGAUAUCGCGCGAAUCCAGAGAAGCUUGCGCCAGGCUGCCUUGAAAACAGAACACGAUGACGGAAAGCAUUCGCCCUGACUUCUCUUAUGCGCUUACUCAGAGAAGCUUAUACUUUUAUACUAUAUUUUUAUGUGCACCCCGAAAAGCACGCAACAAAGUCACCUAAAAUCAAGGAAAUCGUAAAGACUUAUAUGGUAGAAAUAUAUACAGUAAAUAGAGAUACAGUGAGUAGCGACAUGGCGUAUGCUUCAAGCUGAUUUAGACAGCACGAUUUAGUCGUAUGCGAUCUGCCUUAACGACAAUGUCUAAGCCCUGAAUUACACACUACGACUUUCAAAGUCUAGCCAUGUAGCCGAGUCGUAGGCUGAUUAACCCUACGAGUUGUAUAGGUGUCGCGGGCAAGUGGCAUACGACUAAAUCAUCCUGUCUAAAUCCGCCUUUAGGGAUUCGUUUAGAUAUAAAAAAUGGCCGGCUCGAAACAACAUUAAUAGACAAACGAAUUCCCCUACGUGAUUCACGAGCACGUCAAAAUCCAUUAAAAAAUAAAUAAAAUUG